CUAUGGCAGCCUCUUCUCAAGCCAGUUCCAUCGACGCCAAACUCGCCGCCGCGCUGCGCGCGGACGUCGCGUCGAACCCCUACGUCACGACCGACCCCUACCACGAAGUCUCGUCGCUCGCGCUCGUCGCCAUCGACGCCUACGAGGCCGGCGACCUCGAAACCUGCCUCGGCCUCGCGGAGCGCACCUGCGCCACAUGCCGCGCGUUGCUGCACGCCGUGGCGGCCUGGGACGCGCUGACGUACUGGGACGCCGUGCCCGACGGCGUCCAGGCCGCCUACGCCGCCGGCGCGCUGCUCGCGGGGCGGACCGGCGGCGCCGGCUGGCGCGAGCACGCGGACGUCGCCUUGGUCUGCGCGUCGUCCGACCGCGGCGCGUCGGCCGAUCGCAUGGCGCGCCGGCGGCGGCUCGCCGCGUGCUUCGCGCCGCCGCGGCCGCCGCCGCGCAAGCGGCCCCGGCGCGGCGACGAGGUCGCGCGGGACGACCGCGUCGGCCGCGUCGACGCGACCGGCGACGGCCGUUUGACGCGCGUCGUCCCCUUCGGCGCCGUCGCGGACGCCGCGGAGCGCGGCGGGGGCGACGCGCCCUACCUCGCGCAGCACCGGCUCCUGGACCAGAUCCCGGAGCUCCGGGCCUACGUCGCGGACGUGCUCGACCUCGCGCCGCGGCGGCGCGUCGCGUCGGUCUGGGUCGGGCCCGCGGGCACCGUGUCCGCGGCGCACCACGACCCGGCGGACAACCUCUUCGUCCAGUUCGCCGGCGCCAAGAAAUGGGACCUCUGGGCGCCGUCGGACGACGCGCCCGCGCGGCCCGCCGACGAGACGGUCGCGCUCGAGCCGGGGGCCGCGCUCUUCGUGCCCCGGGGCUGGUGGCACGAGGUCACGGCGCUGGACCCGGCCGUGUCGCUGUCCCUCUGGUUCGACGACGACCUCCCGGACGGCGCGGAGCUCGCGCGCUUCACCGCGGACCGGAGCCGGUAGUAACGCGCGAAGGGA